AUGGAGAAACAAGUCCUUCAAGAAAAAUUCAUCACCAAAGAACCACAAGCUUCCUUAGGCACCCUGGGAAUUCUCUGGGCAGCCCUCAGAGUAGUGGUUUCCAUUGUGGAAGCCGAUUCGGGUGGACUAAAAGCCAUUCACAGAGCUAGAGAACUGAUGAAAGGAAAAACCCUCAAGGGUUCUGUUCUGAUGCUGAUUUUUCUUCUUGCUAGUGGCACUGUCUCUAUAAUUUCUCUAGUCCUGAUGAGGAAGAGAGAGAAACAAGGUUGGGUGAGGUUGGCCAUCCAGAUCAGUGGUGUCUGGGCACUUUGCCUGGCGAAAAUCUCCAUGUUUGUGGUGUUCACAGUCUUCUACCAUGAAUGUAGAAAGAGCCAUGAGGAGGUUGGGGUGGAAGGAGAAGAAGGUCUCUAUGUUGCCAUUCAUUCUGGUGAAGCUUAG